GAGAGAGAGGAGUUAUAUUUUCCAACCUCCAACCUUGAGCUCCGAACCUCCAAACCCUGCUUCCUCCGAGUACAGCGCGACUUCUGAUCAUAGUUUCGAAGAGAGACAGCAAUUCUCCGGAAGCCAAAACCUCCCUCCCCAUUCGCCUUCGGCAUAACAUGAAGCGGUUCUUCAAGCCGGUGGAGAAGGAGGGCUCCUUCAAGAAACCCGCCCUCUCCGCCCCCUCUUCAUCCGCUCCCGCCGACGGAGGCAGCGCCGGAGCAGCGGGCGAGGGAGAAGCCGGAGGAAAACCAGAGCAGAAGGAGCCGCUCAAGUUCCUCACGUGGAAUGCCAACAGUUUGCUUCUCCGCGUCAAGAACAACUGGCCCGAGUUCUCCAAAUUCGUCCAGUUCCUCGACCCCGACGCCAUCUGCAUCCAGGAAGUUCGAAUGCCUGCUGCCGGGUCCAAAGGUGCACCUAAAAAUCCUGGUGAAUUGAAAGAUGAUACAAGCUCUUCACGUGGGGAAAAACAGGUGCUGAUGCGUGCUCUAUCAAGUCCUCCUUUCAAAACUUAUCAAGUAUGGUGGUCUCUUUCAGAUUCCAAGUAUGGGGGGACUGCUUUAUUUGUGAAAAAGCAAUUUCAGCCAAAAAAGGUUUCAUUCUCCCUAAAUCGAACAGCUUCAAAGCAUGAACCAGAUGGUCGGGUGAUUAUUGCUGAAUUUGAGUCAUAUUUCUUGCUAAAUACAUAUGUACCAAACAAUGGUUGGAAGGAUGAUGAAAAUUCAUUUCAAAGAAGAAGAAAAUGGGAUCAAAGAAUGCUUGACUUUGUUCUACAGCUGGAGAAGCCUUUGAUUUGGUGUGGAGACCUCAAUGUUAGCCAUGAAGAUAUUGAUGUGAGCCAUCCCGAUUUUUUCAGCAAUGCAAAGCUCAAUGGGUACACUCCUCCAGAUGCAAGGGACUGUGGACAGCCAGGGUUUACCUUAGCAGAGAGGGACCGUUUCUCCAAAAUACUGUCCCAAGGAAAGCUGAUAGAUGCUUACAGAUUUCUUCACAAGGAAAAGGACAUGGAACGUGGCUUUUCCUGGUCUGGUAACCCCAUUGGCAAGUACCGAGGCAAGAGAAUGCGGAUUGAUUAUUUUGUGGUUUCAGAACAGCUUAAGGACAGGAUUGUUGCAUGCGAUUUGCAUGGGCAUGGAAUUGAACUAGAAGGUUUUUACGGAAGUGACCACUGCCCUGUUUCACUCGAGCUUUCACCAGAAACAUCAGAACCUAAUGCUAGCUGACGCUCCUCGGGAGAAGGUGAAUUUGAGAUAGGAUGCCAGAUUUGUCAUGGCAUUUGGACAUCACACUACAGUCCUUUCGAAACAUACCGCACUAGCCUCUUUAGGCUUGUCCUUUUUUGUAGCUACAACUUAUUUGAGAGCUAUAAUGCGGUAGAUUUCCUUCUGUGGAAUUGCUGUCACAUUUGACUUGCAUGAUGCUGCUUAUUGCGUACGUAUUUUUUUUUUUUUAGUUACCAAUAUUUAAAGUGUCCUAAUUACAACUGAACACUGCUUUUCCUAACUGAACUCUGAGAUAUGUCAUUCAAAUGUGACACUCCUGAUGUGGCUAUGGAGUCCCACAAACAGCUUCAAAGACAGCAUCUAUAGUUGCCAACUAAGAUAUGAGACCCUCUAAUAUGUAGGAUGUGCUACAUUA